AUGGCCUCCACCCCGAAAAUCGCCAUCAUCGGCGCCGGUCCCGCAGGCCUCACGCUCGCACGCCUCCUCCACGUGUCAGAAGUCACGGUCGACCUAACGCUCUACGACCUCGACGCCUCCCCAACCUCCCGCCCAGAUCGAGGCGGCACCCUCGACCUGCAUGCCGACACUGGUCUCGCCGCGCUCCGCAAAUGCGACCUCUGGGACUCUUUCCGCAAAUACGCCCGCUACGACGGCCAGGAGUUCAUCAUCGUAGAUAAGAACGCAACGGAGCUCGUCCACAGACGAGGCGGGGAGAGGGCCGGGCCGUCUGACCGUCCGGAGAUUGAUCGCGAGAGGCUGAAGCAAAUUUUGUUGGAGAGUGUGCCCGAGGAAUGUGUGAGAUGGGGACGGCAUUUGAGGGAGGUGACGGAGGAUGGGAUGUUAAGGUUUGAUGGAAGGGAGCAGAUGGAGGGGCCGUUCGAUUUGAUUGUUGGGGCGGAUGGGGCGUGGAGUAAGGUUAGGGGAAGGUUGAAUGGGAUCGAGCCGGCUUAUUCUGGGGUGAGUGGGUAUGAAACGGAGAUCAUGGAGCCGGCGAGGACGUGUCCGCAUGUGGAUAAGAUGGUUGGGAGGGGGAGCAUUAUUGGGUCAUCGGAUGCGAAGUUUUUGAAUGCGCAGAGGAUGGGGAAUAAUAGUCUCAAGGUCCGUAGCUGGUAUGCGUGUCCGGAGGGCGAGGCGAAGGAGACGUUGGAUAAGUAUGGAAAGAAGGGAACGCUCGAGAAGAUUUUAGAGAGGUAUGCGGGUUGGGCGCCGGAGAUGACUGAGCUUUUCAGGCAGGCGGAUCUGGAUGAAUUGAAGCAUUGGACUCUCUACGAGUUGCCUGUGGGUUAUAAAUGGGACCACAAGGAGGGUUUCACGCUGGUCGGAGACGCCGCAAGUCUUGCGACGCCAUUCAGUGGAGAGGGUGUCAACAAAGCGAUGAAGGAUUCUCUCGAAUUGGCAGAGCUCAUCGAGAAGAGCCAGGAUCCGAACGAUGACCUUACACUGGAUCAAGCAGUCCUGCUCUAUGAGCAGCUGAUGUUUCCCAGGGCCGAGAAGGUCCAAGCAAGGACCAUGAACAACAAGCAGAUCGCGUUCGGACCGGAAGCGCCACUUGGACUCAUGACCGGUAUGCUGAAAAUGAAGGCAGGUGACAGUCCGUCGAUCCUCGUCAGGAUGCUUGGAACAGCGCCCGUUGUUGCGGCGGUCUACGGCUACUUCUGGAUACGCGCGCAGAUUGGCUGGGCUGUGCGCAGGUUGUGGAGGAGAACGUGA